GCCUGGGCUGCGCUGCUCGCUCGUCGUUGGGAGCCCGCCUGCGGCCCAGAAGCCGGAUUUCCGAUCUGUAAACGCGGGGCGUGUGUCCCAGGGGCUGUGGGCGAGCGAGGGGGCCGCGAGCCGGCCGCACAGGUCCUGCAGCCUCAGGCCUCCUGGUUGCCCAACAGGCGGCUGGGGGUGGGCCGUGGCCACAGAUUAAAGGCCGCUCGGAGCAGCCUGCGUGGAGACAGGUGCCCAAGAGCCCAGAAGCCGAGCCGCGCCCCCUCCCGGUUUUGUGCCUCUUGUUUGGGCAGCUGUAGGCUUCACUGUCCCUGUGAAAACAUCACCAUGUCCAAGGGACCCCGGGCUGAGACCUUCGUCUUCUUGGACCUGGAAGCCACCGGGCUCCCCAGUGUGGACCCCAAGAUCGCCGAGAUCUCCCUGUUUCCCGUCCACCGCUCCUCGCUGGGGAACCCCAAGUGCGAUGAGUCUGACGCCCCAGUGCUGCCCCAGGUCCCGGACAAGCUCACGCUCUGCACGAGGCUGGAGCGCCCCUUCACUGCCAAGGCCAGCGAGAUCACCGGCCUGAGCAGCGAGGGCCUGGCCAGGUGCCAGAAGGCCGGCUUUAAUGGCGCUGUGGUGCGAACGCCGCAGGCCUUCCUGAGCCGCCAGGAGGGCCCCUUGUGCCUCAUGGCCCACAAUGGCUUCGAUUAUGACUUCCCCCUGCUGUGCACGGACUGCCUGGAUACGCUGCUGGCGCCGCGGGGCCUGGACCGUGCCCGCAGCCAUGGCACCCGGGCCCAGGGCGGCAAGGGUUACAGCCUGGGCAGCCUCUUCCGCCGCUACUUCCAGGCGGCUGAGGGCCACGUGCAUACCCGGCUCAUGGUCUUCCUGCACCGCGCCGCCGAGCUGCUCGCCUGGGCUGACGAGCAUGCCCUUAGCUGGGCCCGUGUCGAGCCCAUGUACGUGCCGCCCGACGGCCCGAGUCUCAAGGCCUGAGCCAGGGGCUCGGUAACGCUGCUGCCCAGGGUGACGAGGCCCACUCCCUGCAGCAGGGCAGUGCCAGCCUCCACCAUUCGGCCGGGCCGUGCGGCCUGGAGCUGGACCCGGGCCAGUGCCUUGCUGCCCCUCCUGGCGGGCCUGUGCACCUGCCAGGCUUUCCCCUGGCCCUGGCCUAACCUGCCCCGCAGCCCUAGAGCCUUCUCCCGGCCCUCCCCCGGCCCGUGCUCUGGUGGAGGUUGCUGCCGCUGGCGCCCACCCUCCACCCCGUCUUUCAGUAAAC